AUCUUCUAACCGAUGCGACUCCUGUGCAGCUUCGAAAACGAUUACCGGUACGCAUACCUUGACCGCAACUUCUACCUCUCGCGCGACUGCAAAGGCAAGAAGAUCAGAACCAAGGUAAAGUUCACGACCAAGUCUAGCGAGUACGACCGUGACCAGCUCACCUACAAGGUGACUCGGAAUGCAGUAUUGGUAGUGCAGUACUGCAAGUGCCCGACUUGGGAAGACAACGGAUACUCGAUCGCACGUCCGACGAGGACUGGACGAAAAUUCUCCCAGGAACUUUCGUCUAUACAGCAGAAGCCUCACGUCCAGGACCGAUUCAUCGUUUUGUUUGCCCCUGAUCACAUCCAUCGUUCGGAAAAACCCGGUGUGAUUUUAAGUGACGGCCAAAAUCCGGGAGUGCCCAAAUAUUCAUUGCAGGACCGCGACGAAAUUUACGGACUAGAGAACAGGUUCUGCACUGGUUUGUCCCCACGAGACCUUGACGAUAUUGCCGUUGGAUUGGCUCCAGAUGUCGAUUGGGUCCAGGCAGGUGAAAACCACGAACCCGAAGAACCCGAAACCGAAACCGAAGACGCUCCUGAAGAAGAAGCCCAAGUGAUCGAAGUCGAAGUCAAUGAAUCAAAUCCGGAACAGCGUCAAGUGAUUGUGUAUUUGCCCGAUUCCGACUCUGAAUAG